CUGUCACCUUUGUCAGUGUAAAUGUCGCUAGCGUAGUUGCUUUUCUUGAAAUUGGCAUCCUCAAAGUCCUCCCAACUGGUGGCAAGCGAAGCCUUCCGUAACUCAGACUUCCGCCGGGCUGCUUCCAAAAUCCACAGUGACAAGUUACGGGCGUGAACACCCAGCACCAGGGAGUAAAAUGUCGCAGACAGGAACGCCAGCCACCACUGCCCUUCAGUCGAAUUGCACGAAAAUAUUUGUCCAGCGAGAUUACAGCGAGGGAACCUCCGUGAAGUUCCACACGAGACUUCCUAGUGAAUUGGACGGUCACAUUGAAAGACACGUAUUUGAGUCAACUAUUACACGGCUAAAUGAAUAUUUCGCUGAAGCGGAGAAAGGCUCAUGUAGUACAUAUUGUGAAGGAUGUUUGGCUUGCAUCACAGCUUAUUUAGUGUACAUGUGUACCGAAACCCACUACGAGAAGACUCUUCGGAAAAUUUCCAAGUACAUCGCAUCUCAAAAUGAACGAAUUUACAAUCCGAAAGGUCUACAAAUCACCGAUCCCACGUUCAGAGGAUUACGCGUAAUAGAAAUUUCAAUUUUAGAUCGACCCGGACGAACGUGACUUCCACUUUCCCACUCCACUGAAGAGUUCUUCAUGUAACGAUCUUUUGCAUUUUUUGUUUUCAAGCGAAAAGAGAUAUGAGAACAUAAUAAUUGUGUUAAUUGCAUCAACAAAGAGGAAGCGGAGAAAAGCGAAGAAAAGAGAACAGUUCCCCGGAAUAUGAACUUUCCAAUGUUUUCCUGUUUUUCUUUUGUUUGUAAUGUAAAUUCUGUGGUUAUUUAGCAAAGUCAGUGGUUUUAAAAUUUUAUUAACGUUUUAAAUGAUGGUCAGGGAAGAAGUGCCUCAUAAUAAUUUAUAUUUUAUUAAAAGAGCGACGUUGAGUUUA